UGACCUUACCCGCUCUCCGUAGGCGCGCUAGGGAGGCCUCGCCACAUCUGUGAGCGAGCAGCGAGGCGGAGUAUUCAUUAAAUCCGGUGUUUUUCUGUGUUGGUGUGAGCUGUAGUCGCGGGGGUAAUUUAAUAAGAAGCUGUGUAUUUAGUGUGUGGGGUUAAACUUGCGGGCUCGGGCUCUCGCGGCUCUGUUUUUGGCUUAAGAGUCGCGUUGAGGUGGGUCGGUCAGUGUAAACAGUAGCUGGUGUUAUUAUUAUUAUUGGGGAGCUUGGUCACAACAGUAUGGACCUUCCGGCGGUAAAGAUGUCAGAAAUGUGCUUUUCUAGUCGUUUCUGUCGUCGUUAAAGGAGUUUACUGAUGGAAAACCCUUCGGAUAUGUUCUCCUGGUGCUGCAGUGUUGUGUAAAGGCGCGGCGGAGCAUCGUUAGUCUCUUUCCUAUGCAAUAUUAAUGAGUGUAGAAGAGAUCAGCCGCGGUUACUAAUCGAGUUCUAGCUUUAAUUAACGGUUAGCUCCUGUCCUGAGAUCAUGGAGGAGAGUAUAGAAAAGCUAGAGGCGGACGAUAUCGUCAUCAUUGUGGAAAAUGAGGCUGAGAGCAAGCCCAUUCAGGAGGCCAACGCCAAGGAGGAGGGCAGCCAGAGCCUGCUGGACAUCUGCCCCCUGUGUAAGCUUAGUUUCCACAGCAGGGAGCCCAAGCUCCUACCGUGCCUCCACUCCUUCUGUAAGAGAUGCCUGCCCUCGCCCUCCAGGAACCUGCUGUACGCUGAACAGGGGAACAACCUCCAAAUGCCACCUGAGGGUCAAGCCAAGCCCUUGAACGUGAUCCGCUGUCCAGUUUGUCAUCAGGAAUGCAUGGAAGUUGAGGUCUUGGAUAACUUCUUUGCCAAGGAUAGUAUGGAGGUGCCAAGCAGCACAGUGGAGAAGACCAGUCAGCUGUGUAUGAGCUGUGAUGACAACACUGAGGCAACUGGUUUCUGUGUGGAGUGUGUGGAGUUUCUGUGUGUCACCUGCAUUGAGGCUCAUCAACGGGUGAAGUUCACCAGGGAUCACACCAUCAGACAGAUAGCGGAGAUGUCUUCAGAUGCAAUGGGUGCUUCCACACAGAAGCCUGUUUUCUGUGAUAUCCACAAGCAAGAACCUUUGAAGCUGUUCUGUGAAACCUGUGACCGUCUGACUUGCAGGGACUGUCAACUGCUUAAACACAAGGAUCAUAAUUAUCAGUUUCUGGAGGAUGCAUACAGGAACCACAAGGAUCAUUUGGAAAAGAUGACUGGUCAACUUCAAGAAAAGAGGAAGGCCAUUGGAGAUGUGUCGGACACAAUAAACAAUGGUCUUCAGCAAGUGGAUGAAAACCGCAAGUCUGUUGCCAAUGAGAUUAAAAAGGCCAUCUGCAAUUUGAUAAUGGAAAUAAACAGAAAAGGGAAGAUCUUAAUCAACCAGCUUGAGGCACUGACGAAGGACCAUGAAACAGUCCUGAAGAAACAGCAAGAGGAUAUCUCCUCCCUCACAAAGCAUCUUGAUCAUGUGAUCAGCUUCACAAAAUGGGCAACAGCCAGUAACAGUGGCACUGCACUCCUGUACUGUAAACGACUGAUUAUGUAUCAAAUCCAAUACCUCAUGCGAGCAAAGUGCAACACUUCUUAUGUUCCUCAGAGUUCCGUUCGCUUCCAGUGUCGCUCUGCUUUUUGGGCUUCAAAUGUUGAUCUUGGUUCUCUACUGGUAGAGAAAACCCCUGUUCGCCAACCGAGCGGCCCACAGCCGUUCCCUUUCCAACAGAUGCAUCCUGGACCCAGACCUGAUGGGCCUCCAGGACCCUUCCCAGGACCGCAGUCUCAACAGCAGCAACAGCAACAGCAGCAGAGACAGAGCACUCUUGCCCAGCUCCAGAUGCAGGUUGAGAAGCUCGCCCAGCACCCAAACCGACACCUUUCGCCCAAUGCCUGGUCAUGUUGCAUGCGACCCCCCGGGCAGCUGCCCCCCAACAGGCCGAUGCAGGGAGGCUCACCUUCCCAGAACCUUGCAAACAUGCCCCAGCCAGCAUGGAGGUAUAACACCCCUCACAUGAACACAAGGAGUCCCCCAACUCUGCUGCAGAACUCAGGCCUCCCACAACAGACUUUAAGAGGACUCAUCAACAAUUCCAACAAUUUCCCUCCUAAACCCAUGGACGUGCUGCAGGGACCAUCCCGCUAUUCCCAAAAUGCACCUCUCUCAGGUCCUGGCCCUCACCCUUCCCAGUCCUCUCUACUUCAGGUAGGCAGGGAAAGGCUUCUGCAGCAGAGGAACAUGAUGGAAGCUGCGUACCUCAGCAGGAGGCCUGAACCUGGUGGCCCGAUGUCUAUUUCUGCACCAAGACCCAGUUAUCCUCCCCCUGUGCUCCCCACACCUGCCGACAGAACUGCACCAGGAAAACAGGCGUCUCCCAUGUCUGCUGCUACCUCCUCAGAAGGAAAGACAGGGGCCGGACCCUGGAAGCGCUCGGAGCCUCCGCAGAGUGGGCCAUCGAGCCUCACUGCGAAGAGGAGGCGGAAGUCAUCCCCAGGGCCUGUCAUCGUCAUUAAGGAUGAGCCAGAAGAUGAUGAUGAAGUUCGUUUUGUACAGACCACUACAAAAGCUAGUCUUCCAGACAGUACGGGUGUGCAGUCUCAGACGCCUCAGCAGGAAUCUUCUCCCGGAGCGGAGCAGCAGACUGAUAGGACCCCUGACCCUGAGGAGGAUCCUAAUGAGGACUGGUGCGCUGUGUGUCAGAACGGAGGAGAACUGCUCUGCUGCGACAAAUGUCCCAAAGUCUUCCAUCUUGGCUGUCAUAUUCCUACUCUCUCUGCAUCUCCAAGUGGUGAGUGGUACUGCACUUUCUGCCGUGACCUCGACUCACCGGAAAUGGAGUAUGAUGUUGAUGGAGGAGGAGGUUUUAAAAAUGUGAAGCAGGAUCCAGAUUCAGAUGCAUUCACACCUGUGGAUAAAAGAAAAUGUGAGAGACUGUUACUCCGUAUCUACUGCAAUGAACUUAGCACUGAUUUCCAGGAGCCUGUGACUCCAUCUUCAAUGCCGGAAUAUAAUGAGAUUAUAAAGACCCCAAUGGACCUGCUCAUGGUGAGGAACAAAAUGGAAGGCAAGCAAAACCCGGGUUACAAGAGCACUGAAGACUUUGUGGCAGAUAUGAGGCUUAUUUUUAAAAACUGUGCAAUUUUCCACAAGGAGGAUGCAGAGAUGUCCAGUGUUGGUGUUAAUCUGCAGAGCUAUUUUGAAGAGCAGCUGAAGCUCUUGUAUCCAGAACGAACCUUCCCUGAUGUAAAGAAGGAAAGUACUGCUGCAGAAGUAGAACCCCCACCAGCAGCUCCUGAACCGCCUCAAACAGCGACAGAACCCCUUCAAACAGCUCCAGAAACCCCACAGGCAGCUCCAGAACUGCCACAAACUGAUCCAGAUCCAGCAGAUACUGCUUCUGAACCUACAAAAACUGUGCCAGAACCUCCACAAACAUCUCCAGAACCUUCAAAAACUGCACCAGAAACAUCUCCCAAAGCAGCCUCUCCAGAUCCACCUCCAGUGGAAGAGACUACGGAGCCUCAGAUUGGAGCCCCUCUUGAAGAAGAACCUCAGAUUGGAGCACCUGUGGAGGACAUAGAAGAAGCUGAGGAGGACGCAGAAAGCUCUGAGAAACCGCAAGAGAACUGCAGCCCAGAGAAAGCAGCAGAGGAAGAGAAUGGAAGUAAAGAUCAGGAGGGCUGAUUAUUAGGCAAUUUGGAAAUGCUUCCUUGUUAUCUCUCUUUCUCUCUCUCUUUCUCUUUCUUUCCAUUUUCUUUCCACCAUUUCUGUCUUUCUCUCUUUCUCUCUUUCUCUCCUUUCCAAAAACUCCAAGAACCUGAUCCUGAAUCCUAUAGACAUGACGUAUGAAUUUUGCAAUAAUAAUAAUAUUGUAUACACAGUCAUUGUAAAGAGCAAUACAGCUCCUUAGAUAAUAUAAUAUUGGCAUAAUAAAUGCUGAUUAUGUAAAAAGAUGUACUUUGAAUUAUGUUAUGUUAAUGAUAAAUAGAAAAUGAGAUGAUAAUGAUGAUUAAAUGAUGUAGGCAUUAGAAGGAACUGCAUCAAUUCCACUUUGACACCAACUACACAUCUACUUUGUGUGCUUGUUAUUCUUCUUCUGCAAACCAUGGAAUAUUUGUUUUAGUUUAUUUAUUUAUGUUUUGUUCUACGUUUUAAUGUGAACAGGUGCUCUGGAAAAGGAGCACCUUUAGAAAUGAAUUCCAUGAACUGUUGAGCUUUGUAUAAUGUGUUGUUUUCACCCAAACACUAGUUGGUUUGGGGAAACUGGAUGAAGUGGGACUGCGUUGGGGGUAAAAGCAUUAAAGCUCAUUUCUUAGCA